AUGCCAGUCAUCACCUCAAGCAUUCUGCGAGACGCUGUCAAAUCUUCAGACAUGCUUCCUGCGAAAAAGGUUCAGGAAGGAGUGAGUCUACUUGAGGUGAGAGAUGAAGACACGUGCGAUGACACAGAUCCCAAAUUGCCCUAUGACCCUUAG